AUGCAUCGCUAUUGCUUCCCGCACACGCCUGUCGCUAAUCCCGAAGCGAUCGUGGGCAGUGGCAAGUACCGGUUCACCGUGCUUGCCGACGGUCUUUUGCGUUACGAAUGGGCCGAGGAUGAGCAAUUCGAAGAUCGAGCUUCAGUCCUCGCUAUCAACCGUCGACUUACUGUCCCCCAGUUCCGAGUCAAACAAGACGAAAAUUGCCUCCAAAUCAUUACAGCUCGAUUUCAUCUCACAUACGAUAAACAAUUUUUUUCUCCCAAUGGACUUAGUGCCGUGAUCAAGGGACACUAUGGGCCCCACAGCAGCAUCUGGCGUUAUGGCAUGCCGGGUUCAAGUUUGGGCGGCACGACCCGAACACUUGACGAGACCAAUGGUCGGAUCCCCCUUGAGCCGGGUAUUAUCUCAAGAGAGGGUUUCGCGACACUGGAUGACUCGAAGUCGAUGCUUUUUGAUGAUCGUCAAUGGGUAGCAACAAGAUCUCCCGGAAACCGUAUCGAUGGCUACCUGUUUGCCUACGGACACGACUACCGACAAGCAAUCCAGGCAUUUUACCUUCUUUCGGGGCCCCAGCCUCUUCUUCCUCGAUGGGCACUGGGUAACUGGUGGAGUCGAUACUAUGCCUACACUGCAGAGGAAUACCUAGCUUUGAUGAGUCGAUUCCGCAAAAAUGGGAUUCCACUGGCCGUCGCGGUUUUGGACAUGGAUUGGCACAUCGUCGAUGAUGACCGAGUUAAGAAAGCAGGUGUGACCGGCUGGACGGGGUACACAUGGAAUAAAAAGCUUUUCCCAGACCCAAAGAUCUUUCUGGCCGAGCUCCACAACCAGGGUCUACGUAUUGCUUUGAAUGACCAUCCAGCCGACGGAGUUCAGAGCUACGAAGAUCCCUACGAAGAGAUGGCCGCUGCGCUUAAGCAUGACACUUCGAUGGGCGAUCCUGUCCCCUUUGACAUCACCAAUCAGGAAUUUCUAGAUGCCUUCUUCGACGUUCUUCAUCGGCGAUUUGAGAAAGAAGGUCUUGAUCUUUGGUGGGUGGACUGGCAGCAAGGAACACAUUCCCGCAUUCCGGGGAUUGAUCCACUUUGGGUCCUGAAUCACUUCCACUUCCUUGAUAGUGCCCUCGAUAACAAGAGACCCCUCACAUUUUCCCGAUACGCCGGCCCUGGUAGUCACAGAUACCCCAUUGGUUUCUCGGGAGACACUGUUGUCUCUUGGGAUUCGCUUCACUUCCAGCCAGAGUUCACCGCAACUGCGUCAAACAUCGGCUACGGAUGGUGGAGCCAUGAUAUCGGCGGCCAUUUCCAUGGCGAAAAGAGCGAUGAAAUGCUCAUUCGUUGGGUGCAAUUCGGUGCGUUCUCGCCAGUUUUGCGUUUGCACUCGUCGAACAAUAUUUUCAGCAUCAAAGAACCGUGGAAUCUCGACGCCCCAUAUGACCAGAUCAUGAAACAAUAUCUUCAAUUUCGGCAUCGCCUGCUUCCAUAUCUCUACACGAUGAAUUUUCGCGCUGCGGUGGAUGGACUCCCUCUUAUCCAACCUAUGUAUUGGGGUUAUUCCGAGAGCGAUGAGGCCUACAAUGUCCCAAACCAAUACAUUUUCGGGUCAAGCCUCAUCGUGGCUCCAAUUACCGCUCCGCAAAAUCCGAAAACUCGCCGAUCUCAGGUCCUCGCAUGGCUUCCUCCAGGCAGACAUGUGGAUAUAUUCACCGGCGGGGUUUAUGAUGGAGACCGUCGAAUCUGGAUUAACAGACGACUGAGCGAAUACCCAGUCUUUGCUCCAGAAGGAGCCAUAUUACCCCUUGAUUCAGCGCCAAUACUGGAAAAUGGUUGUCGAGAUUCCGCAAUGAUCAAACUUCUAGUCGUUGUAGGUGCGGAUGGCAGUUUCGAGCUCGUGGAAGAUGAUGGGUGCGGCCAAUACACGGGCCAGAUCAAUUUUCGUCGCACAUGUAUCUCGUUCCAUCAACAGGCUGGUGAGUUACACAUCGGGCCGACGAGUGGCGGGGAUGUUUCUCCGCAUACCCGCAAUUGGAGCGUACAAUUUCUUGGGUAUUGUUCGGAGCAGAUUCAAAUAAAUGUUGAUGGUGAAACCAAGACCGUCAUCGGAAAGAAGGUCAAUAAUGGGCUACUUGUGGACUUGGGGUCCUAUCCAGAAAACAUCCGAAUUUUAGUCACGUUGGAAGCUCAUCCUUCGCUAAGUGUGAAUCAACCUGCGCCUCAGAUUGUCGACUUCUUACGUGAUGCCCAGAUUGGGUUGGAUGUUAAGGACGCCAUUCGAGCAAUCGUGGAAAGUUCUAAGCCUAUCUUGCUGCAGAUCGGAGAUUUGCACGCCCUUGGGCUAGACGAAGCGCUGCUGAGUCCCAUCCUCGAAUUUAUCUUGGCUGAUUCCCGCGUUCUUUCCAGAGAAAGCCAAGAUACGGGGUACGUCGUGGUUGACAGGUAA